GCUCUCCGCCGCGUUUGAACUCAAUUCUUUCUCUAAAUUGUUUUCUUUUUUUUAUACAUUAUACAUAACACAACGAGCGGAAUGCAUGAACGGCAAAAACUAUUUUUGCAAGUAUCGUGACGCUGUCUCGUACUAAAGUCUCCAUUGUCCAGGCCGUACCAUAUUUCGUUACAAAGUGAUCACCGACAAAAGAAAACGCAGUGUCAAUUGUUAAUCUAGUUUCGAUUAAUCGGCGGUUCUCUUUUAAACUCGACUUCCUGAGCUCGAUGGUUUGUGCUUCGAAUGGUCCGUCUUGAUCGCAGUGCGGUCCUUGCCGAUCGAUUGGAGCUUGGGCCAUAAUAUAAAUCGACGAAAACAAAUUCCUCGUGACUGGUGUGUAUCGUGCGUGCCACCUCGCUCAUCCGUGAGUGAAGGCACUUUGGCGUUUUACGGGCACAGCUGCCGCUCGUCAAAUUCCCAGGCACGGGAAAAACUACGCAGGCUACUCGCUCUGAAAAUACACGCGUCGUGGAACUGUGGGCCGGGAAGGUGGAAGAACAUUUCGUGCAUAAUGUAAGAGGGGGUCACCGAUAUCGCAGGUCACCAAGGGAGGCAGGAGGUGCAUCCCCCGGGACAUCAUCCUAGCGAUGCGACAUUCCACGCUGGUUCCGCACGGUCAUUGACAACGAACCAAGAUGCGAGGCGAAGUGGGCGAAUGGCUGGCCACGUGCGUAGGUUCACCGAUAUGUAUCCUGCUGCUGUCGUGGUCGCUGUUGAUCUAUCAAAACCAAUCGUCGUCCGCGAAGAGGAAGAUCGACGUGCUGACAGUCGCGAUCCUCUUCCAGAGCCUCGCGCAUCAAUUAGGACUGCUGCUCUAUGCGAUUCUCACCUUGAUCCGUCCAGCGAAUCACUUUGGAGAGCUGUGCUCGACGCUGGUAUGGCUGCUCAACUCGUCGAGCGUUCUCCAGGAGCUGACGCUGACGUCGAUUGCGGUAUUCGCGGCGAUCAGCAGCCGCGAGGACACCGUCAAUCUCACAAAGAGCCACCUCAAGUACCAUCUGGUCAGCCUGAGCGUCAUUAGCGCCUGCAUCGGCGUCACCGGCGUCCUCAACUUCGAGCCGGAAGUCUGCGUCUUCCUGGCCCACGAGAUCUCCCAUAAAUACGGGAUCUUCGUCAACUCGCUGAGGAGCCUGCUGAUGCUCACGUCACUCUUCGGCGUGCUGGUCGCGCUCUUCAAGAACCUGUGUCGUCCUCGAACUUCCGAGUUGCUCAAGUCGGUCUCGGAUCUGUCCGAGGCGAGCUCGAAGAAUUCCUCGGGAGCGUUCGAGUGUCAUCCACCGCAUUGGGAUCCCUCCAGCGGAUCGUAUACUAGCGGCUCGACCAACAGCAGAGCCUGCCUGAGGAAGAAGAGGGUGCAAGUGGACGAGGCUAGCGGCAAGUCCACCGUCUACAGCAUCCUCUUCGUCUGCUACAUCUUCGAGCAUCUACCCAUCUUGGUCAUCUCCAUCAGACCGAGCCUCCUGAGGAGCUUUUGCACGCCCCAAAACCUGGCGACCUGGCUGCCGCUGGUGAAGGACGUGCUGCUUCCGGUCUUCCUGGCCCUCUUCGACAAGAUGUUCUGCCGAUACGUGGCCAAGGUGUACACGAAGCAGGAUCACGCGAGGCGGCUGUCGCACGGCGGUAUAGACGGCAAAUUUCGACACUUCGAGCAGGACACCGAGUACAAGCUACAGCUGAAUCUGAAUCAUGGGCUCAAGUUCCCCCUGACGAACGGAAGCCUCUACGGGCGGUUGCACAGCCAUCAGAGCAGAGCGAAGACCGGCACGAUCACCAUGGGAAUCCAGCAGCACUAUCCCAGGGUGCAGCCAGUGAACGAGGACGGUAACUAUGCGUCCCUGCCAGCGGAGCUGUCGUCCUUCACGAGUUCGACUUUUGAGCCGCGUCAGGAGAGGAUUCCCGAGACUCCGAAGAAGAGCUUGAUGGAGCAGCAACAGCACAGCAGGCGACCGAGGCCGAACGAGAGUCUGCACGAGUUUGCCGGUCGCAGGAAGAUCGGCAGCACCGACGUCUUUGGCCAGAACAUGGAGAACCUGGUGCAGCUCGAGGACUCCAUGAACAACCGGAAGUUCCAGGCCAAGAGCCUGGACGAGAUCCGCGAGGAACCGUCGAGGCGACACGCCAGGAGCGUCCUUGGCCUGGAGAAUCUGAUCGUCGGAUUGGAGAACCUGCAGGAGCAGCAUUACGCUAGAAACGCUCUGCGCAGAAAUCAAAGCUUCGACCACGCCAGAUAUUACCGACCUAUGUUCGACACCAGGACCUACAACUUGAAGAAGGACGAUCAUGCAAGGGAGAGUGCCCAUCAAAACCUUCAUCAGAGACAAGAUAAUCCGGGACACUGCGACGGAUACGACAGCUCUGACGACGAAAGUUGCGAUCUGGAGAACGGCGACUUUGACACGAUGAGCUCCUGCAGGAGCAGAAGCAGAAGCUGCUGCUCCGUCACCACGGUCGCUAAUGAUGAUUUCGAAUAUUUCCAACGUAAGGGAACCAAGGUGGAGUUUCUGCCCUCGAAGCGAGCCAGCGAGGUAAAGGCCAGCAUGCGAUCUUUCACGCCGCGUAUCAUAGAGAACGGCACGGGGGAUCGGGAAGAGAAGAAGUACGUCAACAACAACGCGAAGCUGCUCGACACGAAGCCCAGCAUACAGUCCUAUCACCUGAAAAGUAAAAGGAUCGGACCCGGCUACUCGAUGAACGACCUGGACAAGUUGGCCGUGGACAGGAAGCUGCCGAAUCUCUCGAUGGACAGCCUGAAGAGCAUCCUGAAGAACUCGGACGUGAGCUAUCUCGACAACGGCGACAUGUGCAAACACGACAUCGGCGGCUCGGCGCCGGACUUCAAGAAGAUCUUCGUCACCGAGUUCAUAUGACUUUCAGGAAAAUGCGUACGUAGUGUUCACAGAGGCGGAAAAUUGUACCGUUUGUUCUUGUGAUACGACAACGACAUAUUCGUAUAAAUGUAGAAAAUUUGCUUCUCGAGUGUCCGGAAGCGAAAGUACAUUAAUCAAGAGCGAAACGAGUUUCUUUGUUGCGAUAAAAGAGUCCGAAAAGUAAAUUAAAGUAAAUUAAAGCAAAA